AUGGCUCGAUACCUCACACCUGCCAAGAUUGGCCUCCUCGCCCUCAUCGAGCUGUACACGGACGAACAUGUCCCCGCCACGGCAAUCAUCCCCGUGCUCUCUUUCAUCACAUCACAUCUCCUCGAUCCGGACCCUCAGUCCUUCACCAACACCGCCAGCAAGGACACGCGCUGGAGGAAAGCCGAGAGCACCGUCAGCCUCGUCAUCGGCAUCAAGGACUUUGAAAAGCUACUGAGCGCCCACUCCGUUGUCGUCGGCUUACCAGGGCGGAAGCUCUGGGACACGUUCCUCGCCAAGCUAUGGGGAAUCAACUCCCUCGACCUCCUCCACGACUUCUUCGCGCGCCAGUCGCAGUGCCUGGCCAAGACGAAAGAAGAGCUGCUGCGGGCGGCAGGCGGCGACGAGACCAUUGCCGCGCAGCUGUUGCAGGAGCAGCAGCAGAAGUCCGGGAUCACGCUGUCGAGGAACUCGCCGCUGGGUCAGUUUGUGCGGCGGUGCCAGCUCGAGUUCACGAGGCUGCUGUUCCACGACGCGACGCAGCUGUGGACGGACUUCGUGCAGUAUCGGCAGCCUACGGCGGGGUACCUCCGAAAGAGGAACCCUUCCUUUGGCCGGCUCAGCUUCGACAAUGUUCUCAUGACAGGCGAGCAGUCGGAGUGGGACUUGGAGGGUGUUGCGGCGCUCACGUCUGUUGUCUACGGCGACAUGGUAAGGAGCGGUACACCUGCUGCUGUGCCGGUGAGCACAGACGACAUUGAGCUCUUGCUGGAGUUCCAGAUCGAGCAGAUGCAGAGUAAGUGA